AGGAAGGGGGAGGAGGCGGCGCAGCCAAACAGCAUAGAGGAUGUGGAGUAUGAGAUAUCGGACUUGAGGGAGAGGAUAAGAUCCACUCGCGAGAGCAGGUUCAAGCUGAUGGAGAAUGAGUUAGGAGUCGAGUUGACUCGCCCAAAAUUUAGCAGGCAGGCAGUCAUCAAUGGCCUCAAGGGCGUCUCGCGAGGUCUAGUUUUUCAUCCAGAUAACUGGUGGUAUCGUGUAUGGGAAAAGUUCAUCUUGGCAUGGGCAAUUUACUCAUCCUUCUUUACUCCAUUUGAGUUCGGUUUUUUUAGGGGAUUGCCCAAAAAGCUCUUCCUCUUGGAUAGUUGUGGCCAAAUAGCUUUCCUUAUUGACAUUGUUCUGCAAUUUUUUGUUGCCUAUAGAGAUAUUCUGACAUACCGAAUGGUUUAUAAGCGUACUCCAAUUGCCAUUCGAUAUAUGAAGUCUCAUUUUAUCAUUGAUCUUCUCAGUUGUAUGCCUUGGGAUAUAAUCUAUAAGGCAUCUGGAGAGAAAGAGGAAGUCAGGUACCUGCUAUGGAUUAGGUUGAGCCGGGCACGGAAAGUCACUGCUUUCUUUCAGAAGCUGGAGAAAGAUAUUCGGAUCAAUUAUCUCUUUACUAGGAUUAUAAAACUCAUCACAGUAGAACUCUAUUGCACACAUACUGCAGCCUGCAUCUUUUACUAUUUAGCUACUACUCUGCCUGAACAAAAGGAAGGCAAUACAUGGAUUGGGAGUUUGAAAUUGGGGGACUAUAGUUACUCACACUUUAGAGAGAUUGACCUAUGGACACGUUAUACCAGUUCUAUGUACUUUGCUGUAGUCACUAUGGCAACAGUUGGUUAUGGUGAUAUACAUGCAGUCAAUCUGAAAGAAAUGAUAUUUGUUAUGGUUUACGUGUCUUUUGACAUGGUCCUUGGUGCGUAUUUGAUUGGUAAUAUGACAGCACUGAUUGUCAAAGGAUCCAAAACUGAAAGAUAUAGGGAUAAAAUGACUGAUCUCAUGAAGUUUAUGAACACUAACAGAAUUGGAAGGGAUAUCCGUAAUCAAAUCAAAGGUCACUUACGGUUACAGUAUGAAAGCCGCUAUAUUGAUUCAGCUGUUCUUCAGGAUAUUCCAAUCUCCAUUCGUGCUAGGAUUUCUCAAUCACUAUACAAGUCUUACAUUGAAAAUGUUCCUCUCUUCAUGGGAUGCUCUAUAGAGUUUAUUGGCCAAAUCGUCAUUAAAGUCUCUGAGGAAUUUUUUCUUCCGGGGGAAGUAAUAAUGCAGCAGGGGAGUGCGACUGACCAACUUUACUUCAUCUGUGACGGUGUGAUGGAGGAAGUUAGCAUCGGGAGAAAUGGAACAGAAGAAAGAGUUUCCCUUUUGGAGCCUAAUGGCUCAUUUGGAGAAAUCUCCAUUCUCUGCAACAUCCCUCAACCGUAUACUGUUCGUGUUUGUGAACUAUGCAGACUCCUCCGGAUUGAUAAACAGUCCUUCUCCAAUAUUCUUGAUAUCUAUUUUCAUGAUGGUAGAAGAAUCUUGACUAACUUACUAGAGGUAACCGGAUCUAAGAUUGGAUUGAAGCAUCUGGAAUCAGAUAUCACGUUUCAUAUUGGGAAGCAAGAAGGUGAACUUGCACUGAAAGUUAAUAGUGCGGCUUAUCACGGUGAUCUGCAUCAGCUUAAAGCAGUUGUUCGCGCUGGAGCUGAUUUCAACAAGAAAGAUUAUGACGGAAGAUCACCUCUGCAUCUUGCUGCAUCCAGAGGAUAUGAAGAUAUUACUCUAUACCUUAUCCAAGAAGGUGUUGAUCUCAAUGCUCAAGAUAACUUUGGAAAUACGCCGCUACUUGAAGCCAUCAAGAAUGGACAUGACCGGAUUGCUUCAUUACUUGUUAAAGAAGGGGCCUUGUUGAAGAUUGACCAUGCAGGCAGUUUCUUGUGUAACAUUGUUGCAAGAGGUGAUUCUGAUCUUCUGCGAAGAUUAUUAUGUAAUGGUGUCAAUUCAAACUCAAAAGAUUAUAAUCACCAGACACCACUUCACGUAGCUGCUUCUCAAGGCUCAUAUUUAAUGGCGAAGUUGCUUUUAGAAGCUGGUGCUUCCGUUCUCAUAAAGGACAGAUGGGGAAACACUGCAGUUGAUGAAGCAAUAGAAACGGGAACCAAACAGCUGAUUGAACUUUUGGAAGAAGCAAAAUCCGCUGAAUUGUCUCUAUUCUCAGGAUGCCGGGAAGAUAUCAAAGAAAAAAUGCCCCACAAAAAGUGCACAGUGUUUCAAUCUUACCAAGGGGAUGCCAGAAAGCACGGUGUCGUUCUGUGGGUUCCUGGGAGUGUACAAGAGUUGGUUGAAACAGCUUCAGAACAACUGGACUUCCCGUCAGGUUCUUUUAUGUUAACAGAAGAGGGAGGUAGAAUUAUAGACGUAGAAACGAUAAAUGAUGGUCAAAAGUUGUAUUUAAUGGGUGAAUUAACACAUUGAAACCUCAUUUAUUCCCAGAUCCAUCCAAGUUCUUUUUUAUUUCUUGUCUGCACUCACGUGGUGUUACAGGCCUGCGGUGUAUAUAUACCUAUAGUAUAUUUCUUCCGUUGAUCAACCUUAUUUUGUACACUGACAUUUGGGUCAAUGUGUUUCAAUUUAUAUGUUCUUCGUAAGUACUCCAAUUAUUG